UUCUCCUUACUAUCAAAACAGAGGAAAACAGGGUAAAACUCAUUUAGAGAUUUUCCAAAAGAAAAUGGAGAGUUACAUAGUAUGUGGAUGUUUUGCAAGAAAGUUUGCAAAGGCAGAGCUACAACCGCCGUCUGAUAUUAAAGAGUAUUUCGACGAAUACGCCGAAUGUGGGCCACACAUGACGGCGGAGCAGCUCAAAAAGUUCAUGGUGGAAGUACAAGGUGAGAUCAAGGCAACAUUAGCUGAGGCAGAGAAGAUUGUGGAGGAGAUCAAGUCAAGAAGAAAACAUCCUCACAUGCCAAUUUUUAGUUCUACUACUAAAAAAUGUAUUCUUCUUGAUGAAUUCUUCUCUUAUCUAUUCUCAAUUGAUCUCAAUCCUCCCAUUAAGUCUCAGGUUCAUCAAGAUAUGACAUCCCCAUUAUCACAUUAUUUCAUAUACACUGGUCAUAAUUCUUACUUGACUGGCAAUCAAAUCAGCAGUGAUUGCAGCGAUGUUCCGAUAAUCGAAGCGUUGCAGAAAGGUGUAAGAGUUAUAGAGCUUGAUCUUUGGCCAACUCCCAACAAGGAAGAUGUUCAUGUUUUGCAUGGAAAGACACUUACUACUCCAGUGGAGCUCAUCAAAUGUCUAAAAUCCAUCAAAGAAUAUGCCUUUUGUGCAUCUCCUUAUCCUGUGAUUUUAACUCUUGAAGAUCACCUCAAUCCAACACUUCAAGCAAAAGUAGCUCAAAUGAUCACUCAAACAUUCGGGGAUAUGCUAUUCUAUCCUGAAUCGGAGAUUUCGGAGGCUUUCCCUUCUCCUGAAGAAUUGAAGUUUAAGGUGAUCAUCUCAACAAAACCACCUAAGGAGUAUCUUACAGCUGAAAAUAGCAUUCAAAAGGGCAAUGAGGAACAAAUCUCAACUGAGGAUAAGCUUCUCUCAAGCAAGACAAAUAAUGACAAAAUUGAGCAUGAAAAUGUUGAUCAAGAUGAAGAAAAUUCUGAUGAAAGUGCUUCUUUGCGUGAAAGACCAGCUGAGUAUAAGAAACUGAUUACAAUUCCUGGUAUUAAAAGGGGUGAGUUGAAGGAGUCUCUUAAGGUAGAUCCAAAUAAAGUGAGCCGUCUUAGUUGGAGCGAGCAACUUCUUGCAAAAUCAACCAAUUCUCAUGGAACUGAUAUUAUUAGGUAUACCCAGAAAAAUAUCAUGAGGAUUUUUCCUAAGGUCACACGGUUUAACUCUUCUAACUACGAGCCUUUUCUUGGUUGGAUGCAUGGAGCUCAAAUGGUCGCGUUUAACAUGCAGGGUCAUGGGAAACCACUUUGGCUAAUGCAUGGGAUGUUUAAGGCCAAUGGAAGCUGUGGUUAUGUAAAAAAGCCUGAUUUUCUCAUGAGUAUAGGUCCAGAAAACCAAGUUUUUGAUCCAAAAGCAGAUUUACCAAUCAAGAUAACAUUAAAGGUGAAAAUCUACCUAGGGGAUGGGUGGCGAGAGGAUUUUAAACAAACUCAUUUUGAUACAUUUUCACCACCAGAUUUCUAUGCUAAGGUGGGCAUAGCAGGAGCACCAACAGAUGAAGUGAUGAAAAAAACAAAGGUGAUAGAAGAUCACUGGAGACCUGCUUGGAACGAAGAGUUUAGUUUCCCAUUAAAAAUCCCUGAACUAGCUUUGCUAAGAAUUGAAGUUCAUGAAUAUGAUAAGACUGAUAAAGAUGAUUUUGCUGGGCAAACUUGCUUGCCUGUUCAUGAACUUAAGCCUGGGAUUCACGCAGUUCCUAUAUGUGAUAACAAAGGAAAGGAAUAUCCUUCGGUUAAGCUCUUGAUGCAGUUUACGUUCGUGUAAAUUAUAGCCUAUGCUUUGAAAUCUUUGCGCAUCAAGUGGUGCAUGUCCUUGUGUAUCAUCAAAGAACACGUAUAUCUUCUUUGAUCUCCAUGAAGUUUCAUUUUUUUGGGUAGGUGAGGCAAAAAAAAAUAUGAAUAAGCACGUCUAGAGGUUUAUCCAACCAGUUUUACAAGUCAGGCUCUUUGAGAGUGAGGAGAAUGGUAAGGGGACCUCAUCUCCAAAAGAGUUUCUACUGGAGUUUGAUCCUCAUGACUUUAAAGUCCGAGACCAAACUUAAACUACUAGGCCAAUGUCAAAAUUGCCUACAUGAAGUUUUUUGUGUGUGUAAAAAAAUAUGGAUUCUGAAAUCAAUUUUGAUCAAUAAAAAUCAUGUAUAAUAAAGAAAUAUGCUAUUGUUUGGCUAAAUUAGUCUUGUGGGAGUGAUGCUGACGUGAGAUUGCUUGUAUUAUAUUUACAUCAUUGUCUUUUGUAGCUCUCUAUACACGAAAUUUGUCUCAAUGUCAUUUCUAUUGCGCUC